AUGCUCUCUGUUCGGGUGCUGCGUGAGCCAUGCCGCGCUCCUCUGGUUCUUCUCCUCCUGGUUGGGGGAUAUGUCGUGUCUGCCACUGAGAGCACUGACUACAGCGAUGCAGAGGUUCUCCCUGACUCCUACCCAUCAGCGCCGGCAGAACCUCUCCCAGAAUUCCUGCUGGAACCGGAGGACGCCUUCAUCGUAAAGAACCGGCCAGUCCAGUUGCGGUGCCGAGCGUCACCAGCCACUCAGAUCUACUUCAAAUGUAAUGGAGAAUGGGUGAAUCAGAACGACCACGUCACCAGAGAGAGCCUGGACCAAGUCACAGGUCUGGUGGUGCGGGAGGUGGAUAUCUCUGUGUCCAGGACUCAGGUGGAGGAGUUGUUUGGGUUGGAGGACUACUGGUGCCAGUGUGUGGCCUGGAGCUCGGCUGGCACCACCAAGAGCAACCGUGCCUACGUCCGCAUUGCAUACCUGAGGAAGAACUUUGAGCAGGAGCCGCUGGGGAGGGAAGUGCGGCUCGAGCAGGAGGUGCUGCUGCAGUGUCGCCCCCCGGAGGGCAUGCCAGCUGCAGAGGUGGACUGGCUGAAGAAUGAGGACCUCAUAGAUCCAUCACAGGACUCAAACUUCCUGAUUACCAUCGAUCAUGAUCUGAUCAUCAAACAAGCCAGGCUGUCCGACACAGCAAACUACACCUGUGUGGCUCGUAAUGUGGUGGCUAAAAGACGCAGCAGCACGGCUACUCUUAUCGUUUAUGUGAGCGGAGGUUGGUCUUCUUGGACUGAAUGGUCAGAGUGUAACGCUCGGUGUGGGCGGGGCUGGCAGCGACGGACGCGCAGUUGCACUAAUCCAGCCCCUCUGAAUGGAGGGGCCUUCUGUGAGGGCCCGCCCUUCCAGAGAGUGACCUGCACUACACUGUGCCCAGUGGACGGAGGCUGGACGGAGUGGGCAAAGUGGUCCGCCUGUGGGACUGAGUGCACCCACUGGCGCAGUCGGGAGUGCCAAGCCCCCCCACCCAGAAACGGGGGAAAGCACUGCAGUGGCAGCAUGAUGGAGAGCAAGAACUGCACUGAGGGGCUGUGUGCACGCAAUAAAAAGGUUUCUAUUGAACAUGCAAGCCAUCCGCUGGCCCCCAGUAUGGGUGUCGCCGUCUACGCCGGUUUGGUGGGGGCCUUGCUGCUGUGCGUGAUCCUGGUGUUGUGUGUGGGAGUGCUCGCAUAUCGCCGCAGAUGCCGCCAUCUCCACGGAGACAUCACGGAUUCUUCUUCUGCGCUCACCGCCGCCUUCCAUCCUGGCAACUACAAGCCUCCCAGACAGGAUAACCCUCACCCUCUGCAUCCCUCAGCUCCCCCCGAUCUGACGGCCACAGCAGGGGCUUUCCGGGGCCCUCUCUUUUCCCUGCAGCAAGGAGUCAACGACAGCCCACACAAAAUCCCCAUGACCACCUCCCCGCUGCUGGACCCCCUGCCCAGCCUCAAAAUCAAGGUGUACAACGCCUCCACUCUGUCCUCCCUGGAGCUCCCCCCAGACAUGUACUCGAGUGAUGGAGAGAUUCUCAGCCUGAAGUCUGUGGGAACCAUGGGGAGAGAUCGAGACUACCACAGCCACACGCUUUCCAGAGAGCCCGGGCUGAGCACCAGCGCCACACUGGGCGCUCUUGGAGGACGCCUGACCAUCCCAAAUACAGGUGUGAGCCUCCUGGUCCCUCCUGGGACGAUCCCCCAGGGGAAGUUUUAUGAGAUGUACCUCAUCAUCAACAAGUGGGACAAAACGACGCUUCCCUCAGAGGGCAGUCAGACUGUUUUGAGUCCUGUGGUGAGCUGUGGCCCGUCCGGUAUGCUGCUGAAUCGCCCUGUGGUCCUUACAUUGCCACACUGUGCCCAGCUUGACACGCCAACGCCCGACUGGACCCUCACGCUGAAGACUCAGACCCACCAGGGGGCCUGGGAGGAGGUUCUGACAGUAGGAGAGGAGACUUUGUCAUCUCCAUGCUACCUGCAGCUUGAGGAGGAGUGUUGUCAUGUUCUCAUGGAGCAGCUGGGAACAUAUGGCUUGGUCGGUCAGUCCUGCCCCCCUCAGCCCGCCUGCAAACGCCUGCAGCUCGCUCUGUUCGCCCCUCGAGCCCCCUGCCUCUCCUUGGACUACAGCCUCCGCAUCUACUGCAUCCAUGACACUCCACAUGCACUCAAGGAGGUGCUGGACUUGGAGAGGAGCCUUGGUGGAGUUCUGCUGGAGGAUCCUAAGCCUCUGCUCUUCAAAGACAGCUACCACAACCUGCGCCUGUCCAUCCAUGACAUCCCUCACACCCACUGGAGAAGCAAACUACUGGCAAAGUAUCAGGAGAUCCCCUUCUACCACAUCUGGAGCGGCAGUCAGAGACCACUGCACUGCACCUUCAGCCUGGAGAGAGGCAGCCUGGCCGUGUCCCAGCUCAGCUGUAAGAUCUGUGUGCGACAGGUGGAAGGGGAGGGACAGAUAUUCCAGCUGCACACGGAUAUUCAGGAGACUCUACCGCCACACUCGCCCCUCCCCUCAGGAGGAAGCUGCCUGCCCUCCUCUCAGGUGGGACCCUACGCCUUUCGCCUGCCUGACUCCAUCCGCCAGAAGAUCUGUGCCAGUCUGGAUGCACCCAGUGCUCGAGGAUGUGACUGGAGACUACUGGCUCGCAGUCUGGGCUUUGACAGGUACUUGAACUACUUUGCCACAAAGCCGAGCCCCACAGGUGUUCUUCUGGACUUAUGGGAAGCUUGUCACCAAGCUGACGCAGACCUGGUCUCUUUGGCGACCGCGUUGGAAGAGAUGGGCAAAAGUGAGGUGCUUGUUGUCAUGACAACAGAUGGGGAUUGUUGAUUGGUCGAAGAACGAGAGAGCAAGCAAGACUUCUUGUUUUUUUUUUUGUUUUUUUUUGUUUUUUUCCACACAACCGUGAUGAAAAAAAGAAUAUGCACACCCCGGCACAAAUCACAAGCCCACGGAGCAUUUAGUCUCCUUCACAUGGACUGUAUUACCUCUGCCUCAUCCUCCUUUCACUGCCCCCAGAUCAGCCACUGUAGCUACAUGCAACCAUAACCCAUCCCCUCACGGGCCAUCCUAGGAUAACUGCUAACCUGAUUCAGCUUGAAUCCUCCAAAGCAAUGUAGCAUCUACAAGAUGUGA